AGUUUGACACUUUUCUUCUUACUGGCGAAACUAAGGUUCCAUAUCUCCUUCCUUAUUCAUAUCUUCAGUGUUAUUUUUCCUUUAAUUUUGACCAAUCUCGCCCCUGUUAUAGAUCAGAUUUUGUUCCUUUAUGGUGUAUUUUUUAGGUAAUUUUGACACACAUCAAAGAUUGUAUUUUGGUGUGUUUCUGAGUUUGUUAUAUUUUUCAGAUUAGAGAAUACCUUGGUGGGUUUAGAGGGAAUUUAAAAAAUAGACCUUUUAUUGUUGAAUAACCUGAAUUUUGAUUUAGAUUACAGAGUAAUUUGGUGGCUUUUGUGGGAGUUGGAGAAAUUGAUUUACUUUUUGUUUUUGAGUGGAAGAACUCAGCAAAAGUAAUCAAAGAUUGUAUUUUGGUUUUGUGGGGUUUGAGGAAAAUUAAAAGUUGGUUUUUGUUUGUGUGGAAGAUUGAUUGACCUUUGGUGUGUUUUGAGGUUAAUUUUUGAUUCAGAUUGAAGAGUACUUUUGUGGGUUUUGAGGGUUGGGUGUUUGUUUGUGAGGAAGGGAAUAGACAACAGUAUAUCAAAGAUUAUACUUUUGGUGUGUUUUGAAGUUCAGAUUGAAAAAAAAAAACAUACUUCUUGUGGAUUUGAAGGAGUCGGAACAUUGUUGGUUGUGUGUUGGUGGGGAAAGUUAAGCUACACUCAUCAAAGAUUGUACUUCUGGUGUGUUUUGAAGCUCAGAUUUAAGAAAACAUACUUCUUGUGGAUUUGAGGGAAUCGAAAGGUUGUUGGUUGUGUGUUGGUGGGGAAAAGUUAAGCUAGAGUCAUCAAAGAUUGUACUUUUGGUUUUUUUGAAGUUCAGAUUGAAAAAAAACAUACUUCUUGUGGAUUUGAGGGAAUCGAAAACGUUGUUGGUUGUGUGUUGGUGGGGAAAAAGUUGAGCAACAGUCAUGUUCUAUGGUACAGUGGUGUGGGAUCCGUGGCUAAUUGUUGCUCAAAUUGGGUGUAUUCAAUGCUUAUACUAUUUGACGUUAGGGAUAUUCUUGGAAAUUCUUGUAGGGUCUCGUGUUUCUCGAAUGAGUCUUGUCUAUUUCUUUGAUUACGCCACUGUUACUGCUUCAACUGUCACUGGAUGGUGCGUCAUUGCUUCCUUUCUUCUCAGUUCACUUGCCGGAGCUGGCAUUUUACUCUAUUUGAUUGAGAGGGCAAAGAAGUGCCUAGAUUUUUCUGCAACACUCUACAUCAUCCAUCUUUUUAUAUGCAUUGUCUAUGGUGGUUGGCCUUCCUCAUUAACAUGGUGGAUUGUGAAUGUUACUGGGCUUGCUGUGAUGGCAUUGUUAGGUGAAUAUUUGUGUAUAAAACGUGAAUUACGAGAAAUUCCCAUUACAAGAUACCGAUCAAGUGUUUGACUAAGUAGAUGUUCAACAGCAAACAACAUUUUUCUUUUAGUCAUGCAGCCGGUGGCUUCUUUAACUCAUUUACUAUUUGAGAAGAUUUGAAGCGUCUCUAUGCAAUUUAUCUCAUGCUUGUGGCAAUGACAUACUGGGGACUGCUAGGAAAUUGCCAAAUUCACAGAGGAAGACACGCUAACCACCUGAGUUACUAGGUGAUUUCUUUUCAAUCCGAAGAAACUUAGAAAGAAAGUAUAG